CGCACACCAGGUGGUAUCAACACAACAUGACCACCUUAUUGGAUAAUAUGCAGCAAAGCGGCUUGUAUCGUCCAGGGUCCGUGUCUUGACCUUGCAGCCUCUACGCGUGGCUAUGCCGAGUGCGAGUGCAUACCCGCUGCGUAACGCCGAUAGGUGGUUGCCUGAUGCUCCUAAAACAGCCUCCACCAGACGCGAGUCUCACCGGCCCCUGGAGUAAGCAUAAAGGCCGCGUCCCGUCUAUCGUCUCGUCUUGUCCCGCUCUGUUCAGCUUGUACCUUGGAUAUUACAGUAAGUUGUUAUCGUAGCACCACACGUGCCGCCGCUCUUCACCACCACCACCAUGGGCCGAACCGCUCCCGUCCCGGAAUACAGAGACGAGCCCGAAGACGCCGUCUCCCUGCACACCACGCCCGACGACUACGCCUACAGCGAUGCGGCCUCGCCUACCUCGCCCCCCUCGUACGCCGACAGCGAGGCCGACGCCGCCGCCCCCCGCGCCCCCAUCUACCACACCCCGCCGCCCACCUCCCGCACCGACCACAGCAACCCCGCCUUCCGCAACGGCAAGCCCACCGUAUGCACGACCUCCACGCACAUGGACCCGCGCUACGACACGGACCCGAUCUACCUCGAGUCCGCGGUGCGGUCGCUCGCCGCCGCGCCGCCCGUCCCGCUGAUCUACAUCAUGGGCACGCACACGGAGACCACGCGGCGCGGCGACAAGAAGGAAACCCGCGAGGUCACCGACUUCCGCCUCGUGCUCAGCCUGGCGGGGUACCUGCACCCGAACUUCGCCCCCGGCGACACGUCGCCGAUGCAGCUCACCACGGCCGCGAACAAGGAGUCCACGCACCGCGGCACCGUCUUCAAGGCCCGCGCGCCCGGCGCCCGGGACCUCGAGGACGCCGGCCCCGCGCCCUCGCUGACGGAGUGGUGCCACCGCUUCUGCGCCUCUGCGUCCCCGCUGCGCGUCUUCCGCCUGACCCGCUCCGUGACGGGGCUCGACACGCCGUACCUGUCCUCCCGCAUCGAGGGCCUGCUGCGCGCGACCUCGUACAGGGGGCACAUCCGCAUCAGCUUCCCCGUCGAAGACGCCCACGCAGACAUCUACACCUCCCACCGCGUGAACAGCUGGCGCACCACGCCGUGGAUCUGCUGGGCCUUCUACCUGUCGUUCCUGUGGCUGCUCACCUGGCCGCUGCUUUUCUUCUGCACGAAGCGCUACGCCGUGAUCCGCGCAGAGUGGCCGUUCAGCGCGACCACCGCCGGCCGCAAGGUGUACACCACCGUGAGCGAGGAGCAGUACGUCGAGCGCUGGGGCACGGCGAUCCGGAGGCUGGCGCUGGAGGGGUACCAGGGCGCGGUGGGCGAGGACGUGAUGCGCGGGGUGAGCGAGCGGGAUGCGGAUCCGCCCGUGCCGCGGACGGGUGUGAAUGUGAAUACGGGGCACGCGGGCGUGGACAGCGCGGUGGGGUUUCUGUCACAAGGAAUCCAGGUGGCGCGCGCCUUAUCAGGGGGAGAUGUGCGAGGAGUGUCACAGGGGCUGCAGGGCGGGUGGGGGUAUGAUUCGUGA